CAAAACGUCUUUUUGGUAUGCCGGCACUGUGCGCACUCGGCGGCUGCAGCAAAUUCGGCAAGGUCCACGGGCUCUGCCUCUUGCAUUACCGGAUGCAGUGCAUCGUGCAAAAGGCCAGCGCGCUGCGGCACGCGACCGCAGGCUACCACGCCGGGUACUCUUCGGACGACACGUCGUCCACGAGCAGCAGCGCCGAGCCGCGGCGGUUGUUGCCGUCGACGAAACCCAACAGCAAGAACCGCAAGUGCAAAGUCGACGGGUGCUCGUCCUGCGCGCGGCGGUACGGCCUCUGCUCGCGCCACGGCGGCUCCAAGCUCUGCGACAUUGACGGCUGCUCGACGCCGGCGCAAACCGGAGGCCGGUGCCGCGCGCACGGCGGUGGCACGCUCUGCAAAGCCCCGCGCUGCACAUCCUUCGCCCGCUUUCAAGGCUUCUGUAGCGUCCACGCUAGCGGCGUCCGACCACACGCCGACGACCGUUCGUUCUCGCCGUGUUAGCACAUCCAUUUAAUCUAUAUAAAGUAAGUGUGUA